AUGAUUAAUGAGUUUCAAAAGAUUUUAAUGCGUCACUUGUGUGUAAUGAAGAUGGAAAUUAAAGAAGCAGAGAAAGUUGUUAUUGCGAAACCUGUGGCAUCUAGACCGGCUUGUUCCAGUUUUAGGUCAUUUUCUGAUCUUCUUACCAAUGCCGAAUCUUCUGAAACAGCAAUCACAGCCGCCAUUAGGCCAAGGACAAUGAGGGUCAAGGCAGAAGGAAAGCAUCACACAGUUGGCGCUGUAUCUUCCCAGGCUGAGAUAUCCAAGGCAGCUGCUUGUGCUUCAGUUGAUAAAGUAUUUAAACCAGAAAGGAUCAGGAAGCCUAAUGUAGUUUACAAGCCUGUGGCAAAGCCCGUCUCCAGGACAACGAUUCCGGCCUUGACAAAUGCGGAAUCAGAACUGGAAGAUUUGCAGCACCAGAAUUUAGUUUAUCAUCAAGCUGAUCUUAGAUCAGAACUUCAUCACAAACUCCCAUCUGCAGAAGAAUGUGAACACUCAAAAAUGUCAUCAGAAAUCAUCAUGGAAGAGGAUCAUAAGUCUUCAUCAAAUAACGUUCCAAGUUUUGGAGAUCGUCCUUCUUAUGAUGGGUAUUCCUGGAGGAAGUAUGGUCAAAAACAGGUUAAAGGAAGUGAAACCCCAAGAAGUUACUACAAAUGUUCACAUCCAAAUUGUCCUGUGAAGAAGAAGAUUGAAAGAUUGAUAAAUGGGCAGAUUUCUGAAAUUGUUUACAAGGGUGAGCAUAACCACCCCAAGCCCCGGCUUGUAAAACACAACUCCUCUGAUGAACAAUUGCAAGGAAAUAUGGGGAAAAUUGACUUAAAGCAACCACCAUGGUAUAACAAACAAAGCAAAAAUGAACACCACGAGGGCAAGGGCACUGCUCAGAGUCAAUACAUAUUUGGUUUGUCUUCCCCUUCGAGUUUUUCUGGCAGCAUUGAACCUAUCCUUGAUCAGGCAGGCAGUACAAUCAGUUUUGGUGCCGCACCUCUUUAUAGUACUUCUUAUCAUGGUGGGGAGUUCGCGGAAGCAACAAACAAGUUGGAGCCUGAGAAUGGUGAACUGAUGAGUAAAAGAAGGAAAUACAAUGGCAAAUCCAAAGAGCCAGGCGCAUCAGUUGAAGGAGGAAAAGAGGCUACUAUAGUUCAAAAUGCCACAGAUUCUACAAUUGUAAACGAUGGAUUCCGCUGGAGAAAGUAUGGGCAGAAAGUUGUUAAAGGCAAUCCAUACCCAAGGAGUUACUACAGAUGUACAACUCUGAAAUGCAAUGUGCGGAAAUAUGUUGAGAGGACAUCAGAUGAACCAAAUGCUUUCAUCACAACCUAUGAAGGGAAACACAACCAUGAGAUGCCCAUCAAGAACACGAAUUACGCGGCAAACAAAACAAACACAAAAGCGGCUGUGGGAAGUUAA